AUCCGUCGUCGUCGUCGUCGUCGUUUUGUGAUGACCUCGAAAGUCAAUAAACGAAAUAUGAGAGGGGAAUGCAUUGCACAGCACAUUUUAUCAAAUAAAAUGGUCCAGAUCGGUAAAAAAGUGUUCAAUGCUGCGAGAAGUGGUAAGCCUAUUACCCUAGCUGCUCUAUUGUAUGGAAAAUCAGACGACGAAGUUUCACAAAUUUUAACGGAAGUGCAUCAGUACGGUCAACAAAAGUGUACAGCCUUGGUGAUCGCAGCCCUACAUGGAAACACAAAUGUGGUUAAAUUGCUGCUUGACCAGUACCACGUUGAUAUAGAACAGACAGGAACUGUCCAAUUUUGUGGAUUUGUAAUUGAAGGUGCCACGGCACUCUGGACAGCCUCGGGAGCAGGGCGAUAUGAAGUUGUCACCAUGUUGAUAGAGAGGGGUGCAGACGUCAACCAUGCAACUAGCACCAACUCUACACCACUUAGAGCUGCCUGCUUUGAUGGCCGUCUGGACAUUGUCAAGUACCUGGUUGAACAUGAUGCUGAUAUUCACAAGCCAAAUAAAUACAAUAACACAUGUUUGAUGAUAGCUUGUUAUCGAGGGCACCUCACUGUAGCAUCAUACUUACUGGAGCACAAUGCAGAUGCCACUGCAGUAGCUCAUUGUGGUGCCACUGCUCUGCACUUUACAGCUGAAACAGGUCAUCUAGAAAUCGUAAAGGAGCUGGUAAAGUUCAGUGCCCAAAUGAUUCCUAAUGACCACGGGAUGACACCACUGAUGGUGGCCUGUGAAAACAACCAGGCUGAAGUGGCUGAAUAUAUUAUGACAUUAGAUUCAUGUUCUAAGGCAGAACGUAUUGAAGCUUUAGAAUUGCUUGGAGCAUCGUAUGCAAACGACAAAGAUAAUUAUGAUGUUGCAAAGACUUACCACUAUUUGUACUUGGCGUUACUAGAAAGGACAUGUGAUCCAAAUAAUUUAUUUUUAAAACAUAUACAGACACCAAUAAGUGCUUAUGGCUACCAAAAGGAAGCUCAAACAUUGGAGGAAUUAAAGUCACUUAAAUUUGACACUGAUAAGUUGCACAUGGAAGCAUUGAUUGUGCGAGAAAGGAUAUUAGGAAAACAGUGCCCAGAAUUAUUACACCCUAUUGUCUACCGUGGGGCAGUUGCUGCUGAUAAUAUGCAGUUCAGUAUGUGUUUAUCCUUAUGGAAGCAUGCCCUUAACAUAAGGCAAGGUUUAAAUCGGUCAACUUAUAAAGACUUGUUGAGAUUUGCGCAGGUAUUCUCUCAAAUGCUGCAUAUUGGAAUGCAAGUGAAUUUCUCGGAAUUACAUAACAUUCUAAAGUCUGCAGUUUGUGAAAUGGAAUCAUCACAAGAGAAAUUAAAUAAAUGUGCAGAUAAAUUUCACCGUGCCAUUCAUGAUUCCUGCAUUUACACAUGUUUGUACCUUCUAGCCGGUAUCACUCAUAAAGCUGUGGCUAAAACCAAUGAACAAGAAGUCCUGUAUAAAAAAGAGGUCUAUCAGUUUUUAAGGCUAGACCCCCGCACUGAGGAUGGUUCAACACCUUUGCACCUAGUUGUGAACUACCUCACACCUGUAGAUGAUUUCCAUACUAACUAUGUUUGUAAAAUUCCCAGUGCAAAUCUUACUAUGGUACUUCUUCAGUGUGGAGCUGAUCCAAAUGCUAUUGAUAAGGAUGGAAACACGCCCCUACAUCUCAUUGUAAAAUAUAACAAGCCAAUUAGUGACUUUCUAAACUUGCAUGCAAUAAUUGUUCUUCUGAUGGAGGCUAAUUGUCAUGUUGACCAGGUGAAUUUCAAGGGUGACACAGCCCUGAAAACAUCGACUACAGGUGUUGCAGAAAUAAUUUUAAAGGCCCAGACAAAGCCUGACUUAAAGUGUGCAGCUGCUCGAAUAAUUUGUAAAUAUAAUAUACCUUAUAAAGGUUCUGUGCCUAAAAGUUUAGAGUGUUUUAUUGAACUGCACAAAGCUAAAAUAGAUAACCUAAGAAUAAAUGAAGCCGAUUGAAAAUAACAUUAGCUUUUACCUACUGUAUGCUACUGCACCCAAUAGUGCAGUGGGUCCAAACCCAUUACAGUAGAUUUCUGCGAAAUUGGGGUCCGCCAAGUCAAAGCUGUCCACAGGGGGUCCGCAACAAUGUUGGGGGUCCCCUAGAUUAUUAGAACAACUUUUUCAUUAUUCCACUAUUUUUUCUUGUAUUACAAUAAUGUGAUCAUGCCUUGACAAUAAUGAAAUACAGUACCUUUACAGGCAUUACUUUGUUCACUGUAAAUUGUUUUAAUUGGCAUUAUAUUUUAAUUCCAAUAUUUUAUAGGUGAUCUGAUAGAAUCAUUUAAAUUAUUUUUUUUUAUGUAUUUUCUAUGAAGGUGUUUAGUAUACUGCAGGAGAGCCACUUACUGUAAUAGUGGCAAUCCUUAGGUAAUGUAGUUUUGUUUCCAUGUUUUCUCUUGUAUUGCUUUUAACUGGUUAUCGAAUAAAUUUUAAAAAUUCAGGAGGGAGCCCUAAGUUUGACAAAAUUAAAUGUACAGUAAAUGGGGAUAACAGAAUAUUAAUUCAAAUUUCAUUUCCAGCAAUCUACAAGUUCCAUAAACAUUAAAAUAUCCUCAGCCCCAACCAGGGUGGGGCUAAGGUAGCGUAAAUCCCCUAUUUAUAAAAUUUACUGUCUGUACAGUACCUCUCCAUAAUCUUAUUGGCAGGAUAUCAACCAUGAGUUGCCUACUGUACAUUAAAAAUUAAAUGGGGGAUGGGGAUAAAAUAUAGAUUACCUUCAAAUUUUGAGUCUGACAGUGCCAUUUCCAGCCAUCUACUGUAGAAGUGGCAUAGACAUAAAAAAAAAAAGGUGUGCCCCAAACAUGGUGGGGCUGAGAUGGUUUUUAUUUUGAAUUCCCGGAUCCACUACUGUUCAUACAUUCGUGGCGAAUCAUCUUCUAUCUGUAGGCAUAGCCUUAUUGUUGGGAUAUGGACAAUGGGUACUAUUCAGACAUUGGGGUCCAUAAGAUUUUGGCAUAUCCAGAGAGGUCCACAAACGCAAAAAGGUUGAGAACCACUGCACUAGUGGAUGGAUGUUUUGAUGUUUUCUAUAAGUUUUGUUAUCUUCCUUAAGCUACUAAAGUGAUGUAAUAUACAAGAGUAACAUCUGCAGCCAGUCAGAUCAAAAUUUGCUCUAGAGACAACUGAGUGUGCACAACCAGUUGCGGACUUACAGGGGGUGAAUAGGGUGGCUAUCUACUGUACCACCCUCUCAAAACAAAAAUCCCAAAUUUUAGAGCUCUAAAGUUAGGGCUAGGCUAGGUUAGCAAGGCCUUGGUAAUAACAUGAUGCAGACCUGUCUACCUUUUUUAUUGUCAACAUUCAUUUUAUUUAUUUAAAUAUUUAUUUAUUUAAUACCAUAUUUCAAGAGGGUGACCAUCCAGCAAUGCUGAUUAUUAGGGGCCCUCAUACAAUACAAGAAUAAAAACAAGAGUCACUUAAUUUCACAAAUUUAUAAAAUUCAGAUAUAAAAGAUAAUUUGUAAAAAUUUGAUAAUACAUUAAUUAAAGACGUCCGUGUAAAAAGUCAUACAGAAUAAUUCUUGACUUGAACAGUGAAUGGAAAGGGAAAGUUUGGCACCCACAGAUAGACACGGAGUACAAGACUUUAGUUAAAAGAAACUAAAGUCCUGUAAUGUAGGAAUUAUUCACCAUUUUGUCGGAAAUUAUUAUUAUACUAUUGGUACUGAACAUUAUUUUUAUGCAUUCAGAUGGAAUGCUAAAGUUAAUUAAAUUUUUAAAAUUUAGUUUUAAAGGCAUUCAAUUUUUAAUUUUCAUAUACUGACAGUAGAUGUAAAUGGUCGGAAACUGAUACAUUAAAGGUAAAAAUAUCCUUUUAUCCUCUGUCCUUUUUGUAAGAUAUGAUCAAAUACAGUAAGUACUUCAGUGCUAUGGCCUGUCCAAAUACAAAAAGGGCAUACAACAAGAUGUGUAGGUGUAAUUCCUAUGUAGAUUCAAACUACUGUAUUGGUGUUUCAUUUAUAUAAAUAUUUGUUUAACUGCCCAACAUGCACUUAAUUUUUAUUCACAAUAAAUACAGUGUGUAUAAUUUUUAAAAUUGCUGAUAUCAUUUUAAUGUAAAGGUGGUUGUUUAUUUUUUAUGUUCGAUACAUCAAUGUUAUAGGCCUUUCUAAAAUGCAGAAGGUCAACUUAAACUAUAAAGUCAAGAUAUGCUUUAGAAAUGCAUUGUGUUUGUAU